CCUUCGAAAACGUUCACUAACGCAGCUAUCACUCUCUAUGUCAUAGACAGACAAAAGGCUGUAGGCCACAGAAACCUCCACGAAUCCCCCAACAAAACCGAAACACCAAUAGUGUUGCAGCCCUUUUCACCUAUGACACCGAUUAAACAGAUACUGCCGGAUUUCUGAUAUAUUUUUACUAUGUUUUUUUUGGGAAUAAACGGCCGACUGGACCCGUUUGAAGAACAACAGCGGUCAUCUGACGUGAAAAUGGGAAGUGUCGUUUGACAACUGUUUUCCGCGUUUUGAUAUCCUAGCUAACUAGCUUAUUACCUUGGUUAGCUUAGUACAGUAGCCUGGCUAGGUAACGCUUGCUGGAUAGCUAGCUAUCAACGUUUUUAUAUUUUAGAUUAGAAUAAUAUAACCAUUCGUGUUGGAAUACCAGAUAUGCAUCAUUAUACAAAAAUGGCAUGGGAUGGCUGGACUUUGAACAGGUCAUUUUCCUGAGUUACAUUAGCUAGCUACUAAGCUAGCUAACUUCGUAACAGUUUGCUAACGUUAGCUAGCAUACUCGAAUACGCGGUUAACUUCGCUAUCAGUUAGCUAGCUUAAUCAAAUAAGCGGGUUUGGCUGAUAUCACAAACAUGUUUGAAAUGGAGACACACAUAUCUGGCCUUUUCCCGGAAAUUUUAGCGAUGAUAUUCAGUUACUUAGAUGUCAGGGACAAAGGUAGGGUGGCUCAAGUGUGUGCGGCCUGGAGGGACGCUUCGUACCACAAGUCUGUGUGGAGAGGGGUAGAAGCGAAGCUUCAUCUGCGGAGGGCCAACCCGUCCCUGUUCCCGAGUUUGCAUACCCGGGGCAUAAGGAAGGUUCAGAUACUCAGCCUGCGGCGCAGCCUGAGUUACGUUAUCCAGGGGAUGCCAAACAUCGAAAGCCUUAACCUAUGCGGAUGUUUUAACCUCACGGAUAACGGCCUCGGACAUGCUUUUGUUCAAGAUAUUCCGUCCUUGCGUGUCCUCAACCUCAGCCUCUGUAAACCAAUUACAGACUCAAGUCUGGGCAGGAUUGCCCAGUAUCUGAAAAACCUGGAAGUACUAGAACUCGGUGGUCUCAGUAACAUCACCAACACAGGGCUUCUGCUCAUUGCCUGGGGCUUGCACAAACUCAAGAGUCUUAAUUUGAGGAGCUGCAGACAUGUGUCAGACGUGGGCAUCGGUCACCUGGCUGGGAUGACCCGAAGCGCAGCUGAAGGCUCCCUUUCCUUGGAACAGUUGACCCUGCAGGACUGCCAGAAGCUGACAGACCUGUCUCUCAAACACGUCUCCAAGGGCCUGGCCAAGCUUAAAGUGCUCAACCUAAGCUUCUGCGGAGGCAUAUCAGACGCAGGCAUGAUCCACCUGUCAAACAUGACUCACCUGUGGAGCCUCAACCUGCGGUCUUGUGAUAACAUCAGUGACACAGGCAUCAUGCAUCUGGCCAUGGGUUCUCUGCAGCUCUCAGGACUCGAUGUGUCCUUCUGUGACAAGAUAGGUGACCAGAGCCUGGCCUACAUCGCCCAGGGGCUGUAUCAGCUCAAGUCUCUGUCCCUGUGCUCCUGUCACAUUAGUGAUGAUGGGAUCAAUCGGAUGGUGCGCCAGAUGCACAAACUAAAGACACUGAACAUUGGGCAGUGUGUACGAAUCACUGACAAGGGUCUAGAGCUGAUUUCUGACCACCUGACACAGCUGACUGGUAUUGACCUGUAUGGGUGUACCAAAAUCACCAAACGGGGCUUGGAGAGGAUAACGCAGCUCCCAUGCCUUAAAGUGUUAAACCUGGGACUUUGGCAGAUGACUGAAAGUGAGAAAGUUAGGUAAAAUCCAAACUGGGAAGAACCCAAAUGUGGGGUUUUCACUGUGGGAGGUGUUUGUUUUUUUUCAUUGAUGGAGAAUACCUAAUAAGAAAAGCUUGUUGAUUAUUACAUUUCCUUUUAAUAACUACAGAACUGUGACUUCAUUUUAGCAGAAGGAUUCAACUCUUUUUAAACAUUCACUUUCAGUGUCACAGCAAUAUUCCACCAUAUAUUUUAUAACUAUCCUGUCAUUUUAUCAUGUGUAAUGUUCUGACAAGCUACCUCGUCCAUUAAAGAAACUGGAGUGCCUGGGACACAACCCUACUACACUGUGUCAAAGUUUCCAUGCAAAACAAAACAUGGGAUUUCUGGCACAUUUUUCCCUUUAACCGUUUACCAGUAUUGAUGAUAAACAUAACUUGUGCAAAUCAACUCUGUUCUAACAGUCUCUUAACACUGCAAGGCCUUAACACCUUGGUUUUAAGCUUUGACUAAGGGAUUUCCUAAGCUGAACUAUUUUGCUUGUUAAAAGAUUAUUUUAUAAUGAAUGACUGUAGUCCAGAAAAUUGUUCUUCAAAUUGAAGUGAAUAGUUAUUUUUUAUUACACCUUUUAAUUGGUAGUUUCCAUGUCUGAAGAGUAUCAAACAAUGUAAUCUGUCUCCCACCACUUCUCUUGUGAACACAAACAGACUGGGGUAAACUAUCUGCCUUUUCCCACUGGGGACUUUAGAAUAGAGUGAAAAUAAUAGACUAACUUGUCCUUGGUUUUCAAGAACAUGUCAAGUCUGUAUUCAUCAUAUAUAGCUAUCGUUAACCUACAUUUAUAUUUUCACCUUGAAAACAAUUAUUGGAGUGUUAAAGGGUAAUUUAAAGUUUUAUAUUUCAUACAAUAGUGAUAUUUAUUAAUAAAAAUGCUGAAUGUU